ACAGAAAGGAUGCAUAUAUAAAAGCUUGGCUACCACGUCUCAUAACAACUAACAACAGAUCAAGCGCACCUGCAGACCGCAAGCUGCAGUGCAAGGAAGUCAACUCAUUAGACUUUCAUCAUGGCAUUUUCCAUCUACAUCGUCCUUGCGCUCGCGACCUUCGCGAGUACAUUUUCAACUCUUCACCCCCGCCAAUCUUCAACCGUAACCGUCGACCCAGCCAAAAUCUACCAGACCAUAGAUGGCUUCGGUAUAUCUGAGACCUUCCAACGCGCAAACCAAAUACAUGCCCUCUCGCCCUCACUUCAGCGUUACGCCCUAGAUCUGCUCUUUAACCGUACUUCAGGCGCCGGCUUUUCUAUCCUUCGUAAUGGUAUUGGUUCAUCUCCGGACUCUAGUAGCGACCACAUGGUUUCCAUUCAACCCAAGAACCCCGGUGGUCCAAACGCAGUGCCGAAAUAUGUAUGGGAUGGUAAUGAUAACAGCCAAGUUUGGGUCAGUACGGAGGCAGUGAAGACGUAUGGUGUGGAUACUGUAUAUGCAAACGCAUGGUCAGCACCAGGCUAUAUGAAAACGAACAACAAUGAUGCGAAUGGAGGAUCACUCUGUGGAGUAUCUGCAGCUAGUUGUUCGAGUGGAGACUGGAAACAAGCAUACGCAAACUACCUGGCACAGUACAUCGUUUACUAUAAGGAUAUCGGUGUAAACAUCACGCAUCUGGGAUUCCUGAACGAACCUGAUCUUACGACAAGUUAUGCCAGUAUGAGAAGCAACGGACAACAGGCCGCAGACUUCAUCAAAGUGCUCAGGCCGACGCUCGACAAAGCAAAUCUUACGAGUGUCAAGAUUACUUGCUGUGAUGCUGAGGGGUGGAGUAGUCAGCAGGGUAUGAUGGGUGCUCUGAAUGGCGUGAGUAGUAUGUUAGGUACGAUUACUGCGCAUUCCUACACAUCUCAACCUAACAGCCCAAUAAAUACCCCGCACAAUGUCUGGCAAACAGAGAAUGCGGAUCUUCAAGGCCCUUGGGCAACAGCAUUUUACAGUAACAACGGCGCAGGCGAAGGACUGAACUGGGCGAACAAAAUUCAUACUGCUCUUACAACUGCCAACGCCUCAGCAUACUUAUACUGGAUCGGCGUCCAAGGCGGAGCAACAAACAGCAAGCUCAUUCGCAUCUCCGAUGAUAAGAAGUCAGUAAUACCUAGUAAGCGUCUUUGGGCAUUUGCGAAUUGGAGUAGGCAUGUGCGACCAGGCGCGGCGAGGAUAGGCGCGAGUGGCGGUCCGAGUGGAAGUCGAGUUAGCGCUUUCAGGAAUGUGGAUAAAAGCUUAGCGGUGCAAGUUAUACAAGGAGGGACAGUAACAGGUACGGUGACAGUCAAAGUGAACGGCUUUGUCGCGUUUGCGGCCAAGGCAUGGAUCACAGACAAUGGGCAUGAUUGCGAUGAAAUAGUGGCGACGCUGACAGCGGAUGGGACUAGUGUUAGCGCGCAGGUGCCGGGAAGAAGCAUGGUGACUUUCGUGCUUAGCCCAUCCAUGUAG